AGCCAUCGGUGAUCCUUGCGGCGAUCGACAUUCGGUAGUGACCGGGCAAAUUUCUUGUUCAUCAAUUACCGGCGAUCGUACGUUGAGCUUCUGGGUGGAAAUCCGCUGUCCGGCGCGUGAAGAGUGAGGUAAAAAGUGAAAGCCAUUGUGUUUUUUGGCGUGAUAGAGUUUCUAUAAUACGAAAACGCCAUUUUGUUUUGGCAUUGUUAACAUAAAGGCUAACAAAACUAACCUACGGGGAGUGAUAAAAAUAAGGGUACGUGUGAUAUUUUUCGCAGUGAUUUAAAAGUUUAUUUUCUUUAUUGGAAAAGUAGGAACUUUGUGCAUCAAGGUCGAGCGGCAGCAAUCGGAUCCUUGGAACGGCGGUGGAGCAUUUACGUUGUUUCGCCCGGAGACGUUAGGAAUUGUACGCCUGGUGGUUCGGUGCAACUGCCGAUUGGAAGUGUACAGGGUGAGCGAGCCGUAUCGAUCGGAUAUUUGACAAAAUGUCGUACACGGUGACUCCCAACAUGGAACCUUAUCGAAAGGGUCAAUCCUUCGCCACCUGGGUUAGGCGGUUGGAAAUACAUUUCCGGGUUAACAAGGUGGAUGCUGGGCAGAAGAAAGACCAGAUGUUCCUCCUUGGUGGUGAUUAUCUAUUUUGUGUAGCUGAAAAGCUUUAUCCCACAGAGGUUGCCUUGGAACAAGUGACUUAUGAUGAUUUAGUACAGAAGCUUAAGGAGAAGUUGGACAAAACCGAGUCGGUUUUGAUCCAGCGGUACAAUUUUGGGAUGAAAAUUCAACAACCGGGUGAGUCAGCUAGUGACUUUAUCUUUUCACUCAAGCUACUGGCAGAACAUUGCGAGUUUGGAGAACAGAAAAAUCGUCUUGUCCUGGACCGCAUCCUUGUUGGUCUUACCGAUACUAAUUUGAAGCAUCGCAUCCUUACGGAGGAUAGCGCCAAAUUGACUUUAGCUCAGGCUGAGCAAAUAAUCACUACCUGGGAAAUGGCUGCCACACACACAAAAGCUCUGGCGAAUAAGGAGGAAGUCGGUUUGGUAGCAUCGCUCAACAGCAGAUACCCAUUAACUGGAGGGCGAGGAGCUGUUACCCAGAGGAUAAAGGAGUUAUCACAAGGUUUUCGUCGUUCAGUGAAGAGCCGGCUUGGUGUUCGACCCGAGUUACGCCCGGAGGAAGAUCGUCAACAUCGAAUUCGUUUUCCAUCUCAGCGCCCCAGUUAUCGAGAUUCGUCUGCUGGUCCGUCCCACCGGCAAUACAAAACGGACAACCAGAGGUGGCCAGUUGAUCAGCGAGUUUGCGAUUUCUGCGGUCGUAGAGGGCACGUGCGAAGGAAAUGCUUUCAAUUAAAGAACGACAAGAAGGAGACUGUCAACCACGUCGAAGAGCCGCAGCCAUCGACCAGUACAACCAGCUUGGCUAACCGUCUGAGCAGAUUGAGGACUUUGGAUCAGGAUUCCGACGACAGUGAUUCAGGCGACGUACAAUAUGGAGAUUGA